GAAGAAAAUGGCGGACAGCGAAGUCUGAAACUAUUAAUCGCCUCUUUUACUAAAAAAAAAACAUUAAACUAAAAUAUGUAACAAGAAGAAGAAACAAAUAAGCGAAUAUAUUGAAAAAUCACUUAGGAAAUUCAAUGUGAGUAGCGGAAUUACGUUUGGUAGAGACGAAAAAACGGUCGCUCUGUCGUCAUGUCGAUUAAACAAAAAGCCGGAGAGUCUGUAAAAGUGGUGGUACGAUGUCGACCAAUGAACGAGAAAGAAAUAGCAGCAGGACACGAAAGAGUGGUCGAAAUAAAUGUGAAGAAAGGAACAUUGGAAAUCAAGAAUUUAUUAAAACCAAAUGAAGUUCCUAAGGUGUUUACUUACGAUGCUGUUUAUGAUUGGAACUCCAAGCAGUUGGAUCUUUAUGAUGAAACCUUUAGACAGCUGGUAGACUCAGUCCUAGAGGGAUACAAUGGAACAAUUUUUGCCUAUGGUCAGACUGGAACAGGCAAGACAUUUACCAUGGAAGGUGUCAAGUCAGAUCCAGAACUCAAAGGAGUAAUUCCGAACUCAUUUGAGCAUAUCUUCACUCAUAUUGCUCGUACCACCAACCAGCAGUAUCUAGUCAGAGCAUCCUACCUGGAAAUCUACCAAGAAGAAAUCAAAGACUUGUUGGCCAAAGAUAUGAAAAAGAGACUUGAAUUGAAAGAGAGGCCUGAUACUGGAGUGUAUGUCAAGGAUCUUCAAUCUUUUGUCUGCAAAAGUGUCAAAGAAAUAGAACAUGUGAUGAGUGUUGGCAACCAGAACAGAGCCGUUGGAGCUACAAAUAUGAAUGAGCAUUCAUCCAGAUCACAUGCUAUCUUCAUUAUCACUGUGGAAUGCAGUGUUCUUGAUCCUGAAGGUGAAGCUCACAUUCGUGUAGGAAAAUUAAACUUGGUGGAUUUAGCUGGAAGUGAAAGACAAUCCAAGACUGGAGCUGUGGGAGACCGUUUGAAAGAAGCCACAAAAAUCAAUCUGUCGCUAUCUGCCCUUGGUAAUGUCAUCUCUGCUUUGGUUGAUGGCAAGAGUACACACAUACCCUACAGAGAUUCCAAGCUAACAAGGCUACUACAAGAUUCUCUUGGAGGAAAUGCAAGGACUGUCAUGGUUGCCAAUAUUGGUCCAGCAAGUUAUAACUAUGAAGAGUCAAUAACCACGCUGAGGUAUGCGAACAGAGCAAAGAAUAUCAAGAACAAACCACAUAUCAAUGAAGAUCCUAAAGAUGCACUGCUUAGGGAAUUCCAGGAAGAGAUUGCCAGAUUGAAAAGUGAAUUGGAAAGGAAAGGUGGGAAGAAGAAGAAAAAGAAGAAGAGAAGAGCACCAGAUGGUACUGMGAUAGAGAGUGAAGAUGAUGAUGAAGAAGCUGAAGAAGGGCAAGUAGAAGACUUAAUGAAAUCAGAACAAGCUAAACUAGAAGAAGAGAAGAAAGCUCUCCUAGAAAAUCACAGCAUGGUGAAAGAGGAAAGAGAGAAAUUACUUGGUGUGAUCCAGCAGAAAGAAAGAGAAGUAAAGAAGCAGAGGGAAGCACAGGCAUCUCUUGAGGCCAAAAUAAAGAUGAUGGAGAGUAAGCUACUGGUGGGCGGUAAGAGUAUCGUUGAUAAGACAACAGAGCAGGAAAGAGCACUGGAACAGACACGCCAGGAAAUAGCAGAGCAAAAGCGCAAAGAAAGAGAAAUGCAACAGAAGCUGGAAUCCAAAGAUGAAGACACCUUGGAAGUUAGAGAAACUUACACAACACUUCAACAAGAAGUGGAAAUAAAAACCAAAAAAUUAAAAAAGCUGUUUAUGAAACUACAAGCAAUAAAAUCAGAGAUUACAGACCAACAAGAAGUGCAUAUAAGAGAAAGACAAGAACUUGAACAAGCACAAGAAGACUUAACUAGAGAACUAAAACUGAAGACACUCAUAGUGGAAAGUUUUAUUCCACCUGAGGAAAAAACAAAACUAAUGAGCAGAGCAUAUUAUGAUGAAGAAAAUGAGAUAUGGAAGCUAAAACCCUUGGCAGAAAAUAACAGUCAACAAGCAAUGGCUAAACGACCAGUCUCGGCUAUUGGAAACAAAAGGCCAAUAACAGAGUAUGCAAGAAUAGCUGCUGCCAUGGGUGGUCACCCUAGAUUUAAGGGGGAAAACAUUAUACUUAUUGAGCUAGACAUGCCAAACAGAACCACUAGAGAUUACGAGGGACCUGCUGUUGCACCCAGAGUACAGGCUGCACUUGACGCAGCUUUACAGGAUGAAGAGGAUCUCACUCUUGAUGCAGACAUCCUUUUGAGCAAACCGAAAGUAAGAUCAAAGAGAAGAGACCGACCAGAUAGACCGGACAGACCAAAGACAGGGCGAAAAAGCAAGCGCCCCCAAACAGCUGCCCCACCCCCACAGGAAGACAUUAACUCCAAGCAGUACCCCACAGCAAGAGGUUUGGUAUCAGAUAAAAAGAGAUUUCUACCUCAAUAGAAACAUUAGUACGUAUUCUAUACUAAGUGGAAUACAUUGUGACUGUGACCAUUGUCGUGCCAUACACAGUGACCAUGCCAUUCCAAGACCAUGGUCGUAAUAUUAUCAUAUGCAAUGACUAUGCCAUGCCCUGACAAUGGUGUCAUAAGCUGUGACCAUGGUCAUGUCAUAUGCCAUGACCAUGAUUGUGUCUUACACCGUUGCCAUGGCCAGGGCUAAAUAUAACGGCCAGUCAAAGGUCUGGCCAGACAAAGUGGGCUGUGACUUUGCCAAACACCUUUUAGGCCAGUCCUUUUGACUGAUCACAUGUUGAUCAGACUUAUUGCCAGUCAUUCUGUUCGACCUUAAACAGCCAUUAUUUUUAGCCUUGUUUAACCAUGAUCACGCCAUUCCCUGACCAUAAGCAUACAAUACGAUGMGUCUGUAUGACCAUUUUGAUUGGGUGAGCUAAGGUCUAGCAAGCCAUGAUUGGAUUAAACCGUGCCUUGUUUGUGCCACAUGACAUGACGUAAAUUUUACAUUCAUACAAAAUCCACUAUGCUCUUUAUUUUGACAAAGGAAAUAAUUUAUAACAUAAAAAUAAACAUUAAUUCAAAUGGUGAAAAUAAUUUAUUCCCACUGACAAAUCAUACAUGUCACUCUAUGAAGAUUAGUAAGCCAUUGUUAUUUAACAAAUUUGAAUACAGUUUCAAUAAAUUCUGUGAAUAAGACCUUUUGGYCAAUUAAUUAA